AUGUCUCGUCAUCAGAAGAUUCCACAUUGGAAACAGGAACAACACUGUGCCCACAGUGAGACUCAGGGCCUGGAGGCUGCACAGGUCUCCCAGGCUCUGGAGGAGAUCUCUCUCUCCUCCCAUCGUCCAGUGCCUGGCAACCUGGAGGCUCUGGCUACUGGGACCCCCUGUAGCCCCCAGAGUCCUCAGAAAGCCAUCUCAUCAUGCAAAUUAGAUAAGAGCAAUGACAGUCAAGAAAGGGAGGCUAGUUCAGCUUCUUCAAAGUACCGACCAGACACUGAAAACUUGCCUCUAGGCACUUUAGAUGAGAAGGUUACUUUGUUGGUGCAGUUCCUGCUGCACAAGUAUCAAAUGAAUGAGCCCAUCACAAAAGCAGACAUGAUUGAUGUUGUUAUUAAAGAGUAUAGGAGUGACUUCCCUGAGAUCUUCAAGAGAGCCUCUGAGCACAUGGAGCUGGUCUUUGGCAUUGAUGUGGAGGAGGUGGACACCAGUAGCCAUAGCUAUGUCCUUGUUAACAAACUAGGCCUCACCUAUGAUCCGAGGCUGAGUGGCGAUGGGACCAUGCCAAAGACCAGCCUCCUGAUAAUUGUCCUAGGUGUAAUCUUUAUGAAGGGCAAUUGUGCAACUGAGGAGGAGAUCUGGGAAGUGCUGAAUAUGAUGGGCUUAUAUUCUGGGAGAAAUCACUUCAUUUUUGGGGAGCCCAGGAAGUUCAUCACCAAAGAUUUGGUGCAGGAAAAAUACCUGGAGUACCAGCAAGUGCCUAACAGUCAUCCACCACGUUAUGAAUUCCUGUGGGGGCCAAGAGCCCAUGCUGAAACCAGCAAGAUGAAAUUGCUAGAGUUUUUGACCAAGAUCCAUCAGUCUGACCCCAAGUGGUUCUCAUCCCAGUAUCAGGAGGCUUUGAGAGAUGAAGCAGAGAGAGCCCAGGCUAGAACUACAGCCAGGGCUAGCACCACUGCCAAGGCUAGGGCAAGUUCCAGUGCCAAAUCCGGUAGCUACCCCCACCCCUAA